AUGCCCCCAACGUUUUUCUCCUUCACCUUUCCCCUCCCUUUUCUCCUUCCCCUUCUCCUCCCCCUUCGCCCUCACGUUUCCCCUCUCGUGUCCCGUCCUCCGUCCCCCUCAUUUUUCCUCCGCUCCCCCCUCCCUCCCCUUUCCCCUCUCCCUCCCCUUUUCCCUCUCCCUACUCCCUCUCCUUUCCCCCACCCAUUUUCCCUCCGCUUUCCCCUCCCCAAUCUUCCUCCCCGUUCCCCUUUCUCCCUUCCCUUUCCCAACAAGAUGCAGAAGAGUGUGGUGGUGGCGGUGGAUCGGUUCAAGGCGCACAGCAAGUACCCCAAGGUGGUGCAUUCCACCAAGAAGUUCAUGGCGCAUGAUGAGAGCAACGAAUGCGCCAUGGGCGACCAGGUGCGCAUCGAGUCGUCACGGCCACUGAGCAAGCGCAAGCACUGGGUGGUCACAGAGGUGCUUCGCAAGGCAAGAAUAUUCAAUAUUGAGGACACCAAGAGACCAGCCGUGGCUGCUGCUGCUGCUGAUGUUGGUGCUGCUGGUGCUGCUGGUGCUGCUGCUGGUGAUGGUGCUACCGCUGCUGCCAUUCGUGCUGCCAUGGCUGCUCAAACUGGGGCAACCCCUAUUUCUUCCAAUGUGCCAUGA